CAAGCAGCUGGGGAGGGGGGGGGAGCCCCCGUCUCCCCCAGCCCCCGGCCAGCAGGUGAGGGUGAGACAGAGAUUGGUGAAGAUGGACUCCCCCAGAGGACUGUGGGAAGCGUGGAGGCUGCACCCCAAUCCUGAACUCCAAGAGGAGGACCAGGAGCCCCACAUGCUACAAGAUCUCACACGUCCCCAGGGGUCUCUGCCUAGCUCGGAGAGGGGUGAGCGGCAGCGGGGCAGGGCUGACCCGCCCUGGGAGCCUGGCAUCCAGGCGCCAGUGACGUUCGAAGAGGUGGCCGUGUAUUUCACCGAGGAGGAGUGGCGUCUCCUGGAUGAAGGGCAGAGGCGGCUCUACAGGGAUGUCAUGCUGGAGAACUACACCAACGUCAGCUUCCUGGCAGGAUUCCCGGUCCCCAAACCGGCCAUGAUCUCCCGGAUGGAGCGAGGGGAGGCGCCGUGCGUCCCGGAUCUCCAGGGCUCUGAGGGGAGGGAGAUCCCAGCAGGUCCCGGGACGGGGAGUGAGAAUCCCCAGCAGAGAGUGUAUCUGUGCGGGACUUUCCCCUGGAGAUCCCAAGAGGACGUAUCCCAGAAUCCUUUGGGAGCAGCUCAGUGCAGUGUGUUCCCACAGGGAUCUCAAGAGGACGUAUCCCAGAAUCCUUUGGGAGUGGAUCUGCACGGGCCGUUUUCAGGGCAAUCGAAAGCGGACAUAUCCCAGCAUCCCUUGAGAGGGGAUCCACACAGGCCGUCCUUCACGCCGCAGCCCAGAGGGGUCCGUUCAGGGGCAGAAGCAGGGGGCCGGCUGGGGCUGCCCGGGGCCCCCCGACGCGGGGAGCGGCCCACCAUCUGCGGCGAGUGCGGGAAGGGCUUCCUGCAGAACUCGGACCUGGUGAAGCACCUUCGCACCCACACGGGCGAGCGGCCCUACAAGUGCGCCCAGUGCGGGAAAAGCUUCACCCAGAGCUCGGCCCUGACCCAGCACCGCCGCACCCACACGGGCGAGCGCCCCUACCCCUGCUCCCAGUGCGGGAAGUGCUUCACCGAGAGCUCCACCCUGGCCCAGCACCGGCGCAUCCACACCGGCGAACGGCCCUACCGCUGCCACCAAUGCGGCAAAGCCUUCAGCCUCAGCUCCACCCUGAAGAAGCACCAGCGCACCCACACCGGCGAGCGGCCCUACAUGUGCGAGGCGUGCGGGAAGAGCUUCGGGGAGAGCUCCCACCUGGCCAACCACCAGCGCGUCCACACUGGGGAGCGGCCCUACCGGUGCAAGGAGUGCGGCCGAGGCUUUAACCACACCUCCACCCUCUUCAAGCACCAGCGCACCCACACGGGCGAGCGGCCCUACCGCUGCGGGGACUGCGGCAAGGCCUUCAGCUGGACCACGGCCCUCAAGCAGCACCAGCGGAUCCACACGGGUGCCAAGCCGUACCGGUGUGGGGAGUGUGGCAAGACCUUCAGCUGGAGCUCCACCCUCAACCAGCACCGGCAGGUGCACUCCGGGGAGAAGCCCCACGUCUGCCCCGAGUGCGGCCGCGCCUUUGCCCGCAGCUCCCACCUGGCGCAGCACCGGCUGGUGCACUCCGGGGAGAAGCCAUUCAAAUGCGGGCAGUGCCAGCGGAGCUUCAUCCAGAACGCCCACCUGGUGUCCCACCGCCGGCUGCACGCCGCCCCCGCCGGGCUGCCCCACAGCACGGAGGAGGGCCCUGGGGACCGGGGCCUGGUUCAGCUCCCCGAAGGAAGCGGGGACGGGAGAGCAAAGGGACCUUCCUGUUCCCAGCUCCUCGCCCCAGCCCCUGGGCUCGGCGGGGGGCUCCCUGGGCCCCAGGGGCCGGAUCGGGCUCCCCUGGGGUGGGGAAAAUCGCCCCCACCCCCCGCGCUGAUCGGCGUUGGCCUAUGGCCGACCCCCGGAGCCAUGGAGCCCGUCCCGCAGCGCUGGGAGGCGGUGAGCAUCAAAGUGGAGGGAGAAGAGCCGAGUGCCACCGGGGAGGCCCAGCAGGGGGUGCUGGCUCUGAGCCCGUACCCCGGGGCUGCAUGCCCACUGGGCUGGGCUCUGAAAGAGGAGCCAGAGUUCCAGCAGGGAAUGGGUGAUGGUGAAAGCCUGGGGUGGGAUCCAGCACAGAAAGAUCUGGAGAAGACUGAACUGCACCAGCUCUUACCGAUAGCGGACGUCCCCCAAGUAGAGCUGGGUGGGGCGCUGUCUGGAGGACCUGAAGGAACCUUUCCCCAAGCGGAUCUGCUUAGGACGGUCUCUGGAGGAUCUGAAAGAGACGUUCCCCUACUGGAUCUGUGUGAGAUGUUCUCUGGAGGAUCUGACGGGGAUGUUCCCCAUAUUGAUCUGUGUGGGGUACCCUCAGGAGAACCUGCAGGGGAUGUUCCCCAGGUGGAUCUGCAUGGGAUGCCCUCAGGAGGAUCUGAAGAGGAUGUUCCCCAAGCGGAUCUGCAGGGGACGUUCUCUGGAGGAUGGGAAGGGGUGGACAUGCAGCAGCGGGGGGACCCUCCAGUGAGGAGCCAGGGGAAGCCAGCCCAGCAUGGCAGCCUCCCUGUACCGGCACCGGAGAAACCUUACAAGUGCUCGGUGUGCGAUAAAAGCUUUGGGCAGAGCUCCCAUCUCAUCCAGCACCAGGUGUCACACACGGGCGAAAAGCCUUACAAAUGUCCAGAGUGUGGCAAAGGCUUCACCUGGAGCUCAGCGCUGGCCCAGCACCGGCGCAUCCACCGCGGCGAGAGACCUUUCGUCUGCCCGGACUGCGGCAAAAGCUUCAGCCAGAGCUCCAACCUGAGCACCCACCGGCGCACCCACACGGGCGAGAAGCCGUUCGUCUGCCCGGACUGCGGGCGCGGCUUCAGCCAGAACUCCAACCUCGCGUCCCACCGGCGCACCCACACCGGCGAGCGCCACUACCGCUGCUACGACUGCGGGCGGGGCUUCUUGGAGCGGGCGGCGCUGGCCGAGCACCAGCAGGGCCAUGCCGGGCAUCGGCCCUACACCUGCGGGCAGUGCGGCAAAGCCUUCGGGCAGAGCGCCAAGCUGGCCCAGCACCAGCGCAUCCACACCGGUGAGCGGCCCUUCCGGUGCGAGGAGUGCGGCAAAGGCUUCAACGACGGCUCCUACCUGGUCAAGCACCGGCGGGUCCACACCGGCGAAAAGCGCUACCGCUGCCCAGUGUGUGGCAAAACCUUCAGCCAGACCUCUAACCUCAUCACCCACCAGACCACCCAUACCGGAGAAAAGCCUUUCCGGUGUGGGGACUGCGGGCGCAGCUUCAUCCGCCGGGCUCACCUGGCUGCCCACCGGCGCACUCACACCGGCGAGCGGCCGUACCAGUGUGCCCAGUGCGGGAGGUGCUUCUCCCAGCGCUCCACCUAUGCCCAGCACCGCCGCACCCACACCGGCGAGCAGCCUUACCGCUGCCCCGACUGCGGCCGGGGAUUCAGCCAGAACUCCAACCUGGCGGCUCACCGGCGCAUCCACACCGGCGAACGGCCCUACCAGUGUGGCCAGUGCGGCCGGCGCUUUGUCCAGAGCUCUGCCUUCACCCAGCACCAGAAGACCCACAAGAAAGGGCAGGACUACCUGCUCGGCUGUGCACAGCGGCUGGGGCGGGGGCAGGGGGGGGCCGGUCCCCAGCACCGAAAUCCCCCUCCAAAGGGGGGGGGAGGGGAUUGCAAAGGGGUGCCGGGGGCUGCGAUGGAGGAGUGGGCUCUGCUGGAUGAGAGGCAGAGGGAGCUCUACCGGGACGUCAUGCAGGAGAACUAUGGGGACGCCAUUUCACUGGGAUUUCCCGUCCCCAAACCGGCUGUGAUCUCCUGGAUGGAGCGCGAGGAAGAGCCAUGCGUCCCGGAUCUCCGGGGCUCCGAGGAACAGGAGAUCCCAGCAGGUGACGGGACGGUGAGCGACAACGAGGAAGAGGAGGUGGCAGAGCCUCCCCAGCAGGAGGAAGAGCCUCCGGGGCCGGAGGCCCCCAACCGCCCCGACUGGGCCGAAGCCUGCGAGAGCUUGUGCCGGCCCCCGCAGCGGGGGGGCCGCUGGGGCCCGUACGCCCGGCGGCGGCGGGUCAGCACUGCCCCCCGGGCCGAGCCACGCUUCUUCGACUGCCCCGACUGCGGGAAACGCUUCACGCUCAGCUCCCACCUCAUCCGGCACCAGCGGGUGCACACGGGCGAGCGCCCCUUCGCCUGCGGGGUGUGCGGGAAGAGCUUCUCGCAGCGCUCGGACCUGGGCCGCCACCAGCGCACCCACACGGGCGAGAAGCUCUACCGCUGCACCCAGUGCCAGAAGAGCUUCAGCGAGAGCUCCCACCUCAUCCGCCACCAGAUCAUCCACUCCGGUGAGAAGCCCUUCAAGUGCAACGUCUGCGGCAAGAGUUACGGGGACAGCUCCUACCUGGCCGUCCACCAGCGGGCCCACACCGGCGCCCGUCCCUACCGCUGCCCCCUCUGCGGCAAAAGCUUUGGACGCAGCUCCACCCUCAUCCGCCACCAGCGCGUCCACGCGGGCGACGGGACGCCGGCGGAGGGCCAGCCCGCCCUGCCCGUGCCCCCGCCAGCUCCCCGGCCCAACGCCCGGCACCUCCGGAUAGUGGGGUGGCAGUGGGGGGUGGAGUGA